GCUGUUACCGGGGCAACGGGGCUCGGGGGGACGCGCGUCCACCGAUGGGGCCGAGCCCAGGGCAGGGGCCCGCCCGCCCAGUCCUGACCUGGGGCUCCGCCGAGGUGGCCGAGUGGGUGGCGGGGCUCGGCUUCCCCCAGUACCAGGUGCGGGGCUGCCGCUGCCUCGGUCAGCGGCCCGGGACAGCGUGAUGGAGCAAGGGGAAUGGUUUUAACCGAAAAGAGGGGAGACUCAGGGCUGCUGAUGUCCCAUCGCCUUCCCUUCCACUUCCCUGCCCAGGAGUGCUUCAGAGCCAACAGCAUCACCGGCCGCCGCCUCAUCCUGGUGAACUGCUCCAGCCUGCCGGCCCUGGGCGUCACGGACUUUGGACACAUGCAGGAUAUUUCACGACACGUGCGGGAGUUGCUGGGGAUUGAGGAGCCUGUCUUCAGCAGAUCCAUUGCCCUCCCAUAUAGAGACAAUAUGGGUCUCUUCCUGGAACGAAAGUCUCGAUCAGGACAGAAAGCAGAUGCCCUCACUUUCCCACAGUUUGUCCAAGAAGCAGGCUUAGAGCCCCACUCUACAUUUCCUCCUUUGCAACAAGCCCAGACUGGCGUAGAAAUAGAUGCUCUCCUUUUAUCGCAGGGCACAAAGAGUCAGGAUUAGUCACACUGCAGUUCCACCUGUGUAAGAAGCCCACCUGGGAGAGCAGUAUACACACUUAUUAGCUUGCUAUUUGUCCAGGGUGGUAUAGUUUCGCAUUUUUCACAUUAUAUAAAAGGCUAUUGCAGCCCUUGGCCAUUUGAUAACAGCAAACACAUCCCUGCAUUGGCUCUUUUCUGUAAGAAUUUUCUGCAGUUCAUUUGCUUCCAGGAACUAAGCAAAGCAAAACAUAUAAAUCAGGUGUGACUUUA